AUGCGCAGUGGUCGUGCGUCAGGUGAACCCGUGAUCGUCGCUCGCUUGUCGCUCGUCACGGCGGUAAACAGCCGUUAGCUCGCACGCCGAAGAGAUGUCUUGCCUGCUGGCUGCACGGUUUGUGUGAAUGGAUGGUGGCUGAAGUCGUGUUUUUAUGCCCUUCCUGACGACGUCAUCGUGUGUUGUGUGUAUCAACGCGUAAACAAGUGUGUGUUGAUUUUUUUUGUGUUAAUAGCGACGCCUGAAAACAAGGGAUAUGGUUUUAUGUGUGUGGUGAUUAUCCCACCAGGAUUACGAUGAGCGGCUCUUAGAAGAGUUUGCGAGUGCGGGGCGAAGCAGUCUCAUGGCCGGCCGCUGGGUAGACCCUCCCCUCCCCCGACCCUACCGCAGCACAGCUCGCCAUGGCCAAGGUGGCUAGCGACAGACGAGAGACAGAGAGGCGAAUCAGAGCCAAUGACAGGGAGUACAACUUGGAGUUCAACUACGCGAGCAACUACAUCAAGACAUCCAAGUACUCGGUGCUGACGUUCCUGCCGCUGAACCUGUUCGAGCAGUUCCAGCGCCUCGCCAACUUCUACUUCCUGUGCCUGCUGGUGCUGCAGGUGAUCCCCGCCAUCUCGUCGCUCACGCCCAUCACCACCGCCGUGCCGCUCAUCGGCGUGCUCGCGCUCACCGCCGUCAAGGACGCCUACGACGACUUCCAACGCCAUGUGAGCGACUCGCACGUGAACAACCGGCGCGCCAAGGUGGUGCGCGACGGCCGCCUGGUGGAGGAGCGCUGGUCCCAGGUGCAGGUGGGAGACGUAAUCCGCAUGGAGAACGACCAGUUCGUGGCGGCGGACGUGCUGCUGCUCACCACCAGCGAGCCCAACGGCCUGUGCUUCAUCGAGACCGCCGAGCUGGACGGGGAGACAAACCUGAAGUGCCGGCAGUGUCUCCCGGAGACGGCGGACAUGAGCCAGGACGACACCCGGCUGUGGGCAUUUGACGGGGAGAUCGUGUGCGAGACGCCCAACAACCUGUUGAACAAGUUCGAGGGUGUGCUGGCGUGGAAGGGCAAGAGGUACCCGCUGGACAACGACAAGGUGGUGCUGAGGGGGUGCGUGCUGCGCAACACCCAGUGGUGCUACGGCGUCGUCAUCUUCGCGGGCAAGGACACCAAGCUCAUGCAGAACUCGGGCAAGACGAAGUUCAAGCGCACAAGCAUUGAUAGGUUACUCAACUUCAUUAUCAUAGGGAUUGUAUUUUUUCUACUGUCGAUGUGCCUGUUUUGUAUGAUCGCUUGUGGCAUCUGGGAGACGGUGACGGGCCGCCACUUCCAGGUGUUUCUCCCCUGGGACUCCCUGGUUCCCAGUGACCCGCUCAACGGAGCCACCGUCAUUGCGCUGCUCGUCUUCUUCUCAUACGCCAUCGUUCUCAAUACCGUUGUGCCUAUAUCUCUGUAUGUCAGUGUGGAAGUCAUUCGCUUCGCCCAGAGCUUUCUCAUCAACUGGGAUGAGAAUAUGUACUACGAGAAGUCUGGCACUGCUGCGAAAGCUCGAACCACAACCCUCAACGAGGAGCUGGGCCAGAUUCAGUACAUCUUCUCGGACAAGACAGGGACGCUUACGCAGAACAUCAUGACGUUCAAUAAAUGCUCGAUUGCGGGCAAAUCCUAUGGAGACGUAGUCGACGAAGCAACUAACGAAGUCUUGGAGAUUACGGAGGUGUGCACCACGUUGCACGGCACGCCCGCGAGGUGCCCACCGUGUUGCGUCUUGCCCCUGCGCUGGCCGCACGUGCAACUGUCGGGCGCCGGUGAAGGCCCACCAGCCCCGUGCGCAGCAGCGACGCCUCUCACGCCGCACCUCGACUUCUCGGCGAACCCCGACUACGAGCCGGAGUUCAGGUUCUACGACACGACGCUGCUGGAUGCGGUGAGGCGGGGCGACCCGUCCGCGCACAGCUUCUUCCGGCUGCUGGCGCUGUGCCACACCGUCAUGCCCGAGGAGAGGAGCGGCAAGCUGGAGUAUCAGGCACAGUCACCGGACGAGGCGGCUCUCGUCUCCGCGGCCAGGAACUUUGGCUUCGUGUUCAAGGAGAGGAGUCCCAACAGUAUUACCAUCGAAGUGAUGGGCCAGACAGAGGUGUACGAGCUGCUGUGCAUCCUGGACUUCAACAACGUGAGGAAGCGGAUGUCCGUGAUCCUGCGCAGGAACGGGCAGCUGCGGCUGUACUGCAAGGGCGCGGACAACGUGGUGUACGAGCGCCUCAAGGACGGCGACCGCGACCUCAAGAUGAGGACCCAGGAGCACCUCAACAAGUUUGCGGGCGAGGGCCUGCGGACACUGUGCCUUGCGGUGCGCGACCUGGACAAGGACUUCUUCAACAACUGGAAGCAGCGCCACCACGCAGCCGCCAUGUCCAUGGAGAACCGCGAGGCCAAGCUGGACGCCAUCUACGAAGAGAUAGAGAAGGACUUGACUCUCAUAGGUGUAACUGCCAUAGAAGACAAACUUCAGGACGGAGUCCCACAGACAAUUGCCAACCUCUCAUUUGCUGGCAUUAAGAUGUGGGUACUGACAGGUGACAAACAAGAGACUGCUAUAAACAUAGGCUACUCAUGCCAGUUGAUCACGGACGAGAUGGCAGACGUGUUCAUCGUCGACGCAAACACCUUCGACGAGGUUGAGCUGCAGCUGAUAAAGCUGCGCGAGGCAAUACGCAGCUGCGCGACUGUCGCGAGCCACCCUCCCCCCCCUGCCGCAGUCAGCAUUGUCACUUUCAGGUGGGAUCAGCACAGUGAGUCGGAGUACCAGCGCGGCUGCCACGCGGAGGAGGCGGAAGGGGGCGGGGGCUUCGCCGUCGUCAUCAACGGCCACUCGCUGGUGCACGCGCUCCACCCUCAGAUGGAGAAGCUGUUCCUCGAGGUCUCCUGCCAGUGCCGAGCCGUGAUCUGCUGCCGCGUGACGCCGCUGCAGAAGGCGAUGGUGGUCGAGCUGAUCAAGAAGAGCAAGCAGGCGGUGACGCUCGCGAUCGGCGAUGGAGCGAAUGACGUGUCUAUGAUCAAAGCGGCGCACAUCGGCGUGGGCAUCAGCGGCCAGGAGGGCAUGCAGGCCGUGCUGGCCUCGGACUACUCCAUCGCGCAGUUCCGCUUCCUGGAGCGGCUGCUGCUGGUGCACGGCCGCUGGUCCUACUACCGCAUGUGCAAGUUCCUGCGCUACUUCUUUUACAAGAACUUUGCCUUCACGCUCUGCCACUUCUGGUUCGCCUUCUGGUGCGGCUUCAGUGCCCAGACGGUGUUCGACCCUAUGUUCAUCUCGGUGUACAACCUGUUCUACACAUCGCUGCCAGUGCUGGCUCUGGGCAUCUUCGACCAGGACGUCAGCGACAAGAACAGCCUCAUGUACCCGAAACUGUACACCCCAGGCCACUCCAACCUGCUCUUCAAUAAGAAGGAGUUCUUCAGGAGCGCCCUGCAUGGCUUCUUCACAUCCUGCGUGCUCUUCCUCAUCCCCUAUGGCACGUACAAGGACGGGGUGUCGCCCAAGGGCUAUGUGCUGUCGGACCACAUGCUGCUGGGAAGCGUGGUGGCCACCAUCCUCGUGAUCGUCGUGACCGCGCAGAUCGCGCUCGACACGUCCUACUGGACCGUGUUCAACCACAUCACGGUCUGGGGCUCACUUCUCUGGUACUUCGUGCUGCAGUACUUCUACAACUACAUCAUCGGCGGCCGCUACGUCGGUUCCCUCAGCAUGGCAAUGCAGGAGGCGACGUUUUGGUUCACCACGGUCAUCACGGUGAUCGUGCUGAUGAUUCCCGUCCUCGCGUGGAGGUUCUACUUCGUGGACGUGCGGCCGACGCUCUCCGACCGCGUGCGCCUGAAGCAGCGGCUCGCACAGCUCAGGUCCCGGCAGUCCCAGGACGUUCUGCGCACGCCGUCGGCGCGGCGCACGAGACGCUCCAUCCGCUCGGGCUACGCCUUCGCGCACCAGGAGGGCUUCGGGCGCCUCAUCACGUCGGGCAAGCUCAUGCGCAAGAUCCAGCGCCCCAACGGGGAGUUCUUCCUGCCCUUCGGUGGGGGCGGCGGUCCGUCGACCACGCCGGCUUCGCACGGAGCCACGUAGUGACCGGUGGUGUUGUGUCUGUCCUCUGGUUCUCCAGCAAACACACACAGUUUAUUUUAACCAGGGACGGAAAUAAAGAAUCUACCGAUGGGCAUCAAGAUAAGGAAUGUACAUCUGGAUUCUGCACAGGUUUUGUACAGAUUACCUCCUGUUAAUCUACAACCACAUUUUGUUUUUUUCUGUAUGCUACAUUUAAAUUAACAUUACAAAAUAAACAAUUUUCAAAUUUUUUUUUUGAAAAUUUUAAAAAUAUGUAGUUUAAUGUUCUUUAUUUUGGUUGAUAUUUUCUCCUUCGUGAGUUUCAAGUAACGUACAACUAGUUUUAAGUGCAUACAUUCGUACAAUUUUUCGAUGUGUAAAGUGGUGCUAUACAUGUGAGACUGGGUGAGUGAGUUUCCUAAAUGCGUGCCGCGGCAAAGUUGCAGUCCAGACAAUCUCCAAGUCCAGAAAAAUGCAAGAACAAAAAAUAUUUAAUAUUUUUAAAAGUAAACAUCUAAUGUGUUUAUGUAUUAUGUAUGUAUACUGUAUAAAAGAUUUAAAGUUUUUAUAAAUAUAGUAUAUAUAAAACAUAUGAAUAUGGAUGUGUAAAAAGAUAGAUUAUUGUUGUAGAGUUAUAAAAAAAUAGACUAUAGUUUGUAGAAACAUAGGUUUGUAAAUUUUUUCUGCAUUAAGCAAAACAUUUUUUUUAUAGAAAAACAUAUGCAAUAUACAACAUUUAUUAAAAACUCUUAAGUCAUGGGGGCAUUAGUACUAUGUAACGCAAAAAACCGAUUUUUUUUUAAUUUUAUUAUGUGCAUGUUGAAUUGCAGUGGAAAAACUAUCAUUUUAUUUACCACAUGAAAACUUCAGCAUUUGUCUUGAGGAAAGUUAUAAUCCAUGCCAGGUAAACAUUUGCAGUCAUGCAUGAUCUUUAUUGUGGCAAAUGGCCAUUGUGUUCUCGUUACUUAAAAUGUGUGAAUUUUUUUUUUUUAAUAGUUACCAUUUUAAUCUGUAAGUAAAACUCGUGGUUUCAUGGUACGUCACUGUACAAAGUGUGUUUUGACGUCAGUCAACAAUGUCUUGAUUGUGAAUCGGUUGAGUAUUAUAAGUAUUUCAGUAAUUGGAUAGGUGUAAGUUGUUCCUUGGUUAUCAUGUGACAUGUUUUACGCUAGAAGCUUUUCUUUCUCUAGAAUACAUUUAUAAGUAGCCAGUAUCACUGGUGAAAUGGCUAACUAUGUUCCCUUGACAAUAUGCCAAUAUGUGAUGAAAGUUAUAUUUUGUGUGGCUUGUUACAUUAUGUGUGGCUUAUUAUUUUAACCUCAUUUUAAUAUUUAUGGUUUAUUAAACAAGAAAUACCAUUUUUUUUGGAAAAUACCGUGUUUUAUAGCAUAAUUGUUGCACUCUUAUGUUCGUCGCACCAUUUUCUUUAUGGCGUCAAAAUUUUGAGAAAAUAAAAAUUCUCGCAUAAAAAUCGUAUGAUGUUUUUGGUUUCACUGUUAGAUUCAGAGUGCUUUGUGUAGAUAGUAAACAUUACAGGAUAAAGCACCGUGCAACAGCAAUCGGGUUUUCAAGUUUUUUUAAAUGCAGUUUGUUAGUUAAAAUGGGGAAAUACAGUAAUUACAAUAACAAUAAAACUCGUUAAAUAUUUACCCGUACAAUAUGAUUUCUCAUACAAUAUGUUUAAAUGUUUUUGUCCUACAAUUUUAUCAAUGAGAUUUUUGUUAUUUUUUUUUUUCAAUGCAAGAUGCCCAUAAACUUCUUUUCCCGUAUAAAAUGAUGUAUUUUAAAGUUUAAAUCUAUUAUUUAUUCGGAUUUAAAGCUUACUUAUUUAAUUAACAGAAAUACGAAGUUGUCAGAUGUGUAAAUUUUCUUUAAAGAUGUUUUCAAACAUUAUUUCCUCGAUUUGUUCGUCUUCUUCACCACUGUAUAUAUCAUUCAAAAAUAGCAAUAACAAUAUAAAUAGCUCGCAGAUUGUAUGCAAUGUGCACACUCUGUCAGUUGCAGAGUAAAAAUUUCAAUGACAACUCUCUUUCAUGGAUAGUGUGUACUAUGACGAUACCUAGUUAUGCAUUAGUUCCGGCUUACAUUCGGGUCACAGUUUUUAUUUUUCUAUUUAAAGUUGAACAAAAAUAUGUUUUUGUUGCAUAACUUAUUAAUUUAAAUUAUUUGGCGUUCUUUUGUAUACUUUACUUUGUAAUUUAAUGUACUUUCCAUGAAUAGGUUUUGUUUUUAUGAAUUAUUUUACUUCAACAAAACUGAUUUUCUCUAAUAAAAAUUACACUGCUACUUUUCAAUUUUGAUUUUAGUACAAAAUGUGUGACAGUUAUGCAAUAUUGCACAGUAAGGCUAGAAUUUAAUGCAAGUUUGAAAAGCUAAAUAAUGAUACUCAUCUUAAAUGUUGCUGUUGCAUUGAGAGUGGGGAAGAGUUUUUUUUUUAAAUAAUGAAUUCAUAGAGCUUUAUCCUGUUUCUUCAUCUAUAUCCUCACACAGCCUUCACCAGCUGGUGUUCUGUAUCUGUCACACUUACUUUUUGUGGUGGUCUCUCUCUCUCUAUGUUACAGAAUUUAAGUAAGGUAUUUAAAACUUAAUUUUCCCCAGCACUCACAUUUUUUAUUUAACUGGUUACCUAGUUCCAGUUGCCUUUCAUCUUAUAAUUAUCUUGAAAUGUUACUGUCCUUAAAGACCAUAUCCAAGUUUAAGAAUGUUACUGUGCUUAAAGACCAUAUCCAAGUUUAAUUAUUUUUUUAAUUUAAGCAGGUGCAUCACUUUUUAAGAAUUAUUUUGUUUUUAAGUGAAAUGCUGGUAAUCAUGUAGACUUUUUCAAUGGGUUAACUUCCAUGAAAAGAAUAUUUACAGCUUUUUUUUUUUUGCAUAAUUAGUUUCAAAAAGUUUUUUAAUGUAUUUGGGGCCUAUAAAUGAGAAGAAUCAACUGAAAAACAGGGCUAAAACUGGCUAUAUUGUAAUGCUUCGGGAUCUUCAAGUCGAGCCUUGGGUUGGUGGAGUUCUUUUUUUUAUUCUUAUUCACCACGGAACACAAACAUAUUAAGCUUCAUCAUCACUCUCCUCCACCAUUGUUAUAUCCCUCCUUUGUUUUCCAAAACAAAACAAAUAAAAAAAAAACACAUCUGGCCAUACCAACCUUCUCAAUCUAAAUUCUCAACACAAAUAAAAAUACCUUCCAGGUAAAAAUAUAACACAUCAAAAAACCCUUAGCCCGGGAGUGCAAACACUUUACAAUAUCAAGAAAUAGUUGGGAUUUCUUUCAUAUAAUUUAAUGAAAAUUUACCUGGCCUAUUAAACUUCUCAAAUUCGAAAGGAUUUUGACAGCUAAGAGAAAUAAAAAUAAGUUUUUGUGAUAGACUUGCAAACCUUAUGAAGUAGCCAGUACCAUUGCCGUUAAACUAAACAGUUAGUUUUUUUAAUCCAUUUAAUAAUUCUUAUUUGUACUCCCUGAAAACAACAAAAAAUAUAUCUUUGGCAGCUAAUUAUGCAAACAGUAGGCAAUGUAUAUAUUUUUAUUUCGUAUAAGAUAAACCAUUUAAAAAGUCUACAAUUUUAUCUAUGAUUAACAUAUAUAAAAUCAAAACCUGAAAUAGGAGACUUGUCUCUUUAAUGACUAUUUUCAGUAUUAUUAAAAAUUGGAUGCUAUUAUAAAAUUUUAUUCAUAGCAGUAUUAACCAGUUACAUACUCUUGUUUUUUUGUGAAUUUUAGCAUUUUAGCAGUAUUUAAUUGGCUUUUCUAAUAUUUUUUGGUUAUUCAUUUUUUCUUUUAGUGAAGGCUUAAAUAAAUAUUCAUAUUUCACUUUCACAGAACUUGUUUUCACCCUUGCAGCAUUAAAAAUAUUGAUGAACCUUGAUUUUUUAAAAUGCAGUUCACAGAAAUUUUGCAAUGACAAAAUAAUAUAAAGUAUGCUUUUCCAGUUCCUCAAAAGUAGUUGGUAAUAUAGGGUGAAGUUCCUCUUAAUGCAAACAGAUGCGUAUUGGGUGUGGAAUUUUAUUUCUUCAAGUCUAUUCGUCCACUGAAUGAACAAUUUAUAUUAAACCACGAAUGUACGGGUUAAAGUGAACCUACAAUCUAGUGGACAUCAUGCUCUAUGGCUAUGAAAUGAUUAAAUAUUAAUAAUAUAAUUUUACCAUGAGAUUAUCAUCACUCAAAAAAUUCCAAAAGAUAGUUUAGUUACAUAAAAAAAUUAAAAUUGGGUAUAUCUUAGUAAUUGAUCAUUUUUGACUGAAUGGGCUAAGUUGCUCUGAGAUAACAUGGUAAUUGGAAGUGCAUAAUGGCGUAAAUAAAGGUACUGUUAUAUUCAGAACGGCACGCGAUACUUAACAUGGCAUGUACAAACUCUCCUCAUUCAAGAUUAAGCUGUCAAAUAGGUAAGAAUGCAUUUUCAAAAGUUAUGUUUGCCCACGUAGUAGGGUGGGAUUACUAAUCUAUUUAAGAGAAUGAAUUCACAAAAAAUGAACAUCUACCAUUUAAAAAAAUAUAUAUAUAUAUAUAUAUAUAUAUAUACAUUGCUUGGGUUUAAGUGUAUCUCAAACUCACAAAAAAUAAACUUAAAAUGUUUGUUGUGUGAAACUAAAAGCUUUAAUUACUAAAAUAAAUUAAUUUAUAAAGUUAAUAUUUUAUAAAAUGAUUUUAUUGGAGUUUAUAGUAAAGAUACAUUUUUGUUUUGUUUUUAAUUUUGAGUGAUUUACAUCUCUUUCAAACAAAAGGAUAGUGUUUUGAGUCCCAGCUUUGCCAUCUUGAUUUGUGUUUUCCACUGUAUCUCAAGAUAACCCAAACUCUCAACUAAUGAGAAACCAUUAAAGUGAAAGCUUUUAAAGGUGUGAGAAAGCAGAUUUGGGUACCUCGCUACUUAUGCACACUUACUCCCACUGCUACACAUAGCCACUACGAUGGUUGUCACCCCUAGCACAGUGCACUUGAUCAUGCACAUACUGUUGAAUUCAAUUAACAAAACAUGCCAUUAAAACAACCUUUCUUUUUUAAUUGUCUUUUAAGAUACUGUAUUAACCGAAACCAUUAUGUGUUAAAAUAACAGAUGAACUAUCUCAUAAUCAUGAAAUAUAGGUAUUGUGAAAAAAAAACUGAUUCAACGAAAAAAAUUAGAAUUUUCGGUGCUUUAUAAAAACAACCUAAAAAUUAUUACUGAAUUUUUAAAAAAAAAAUAUUUGCUCUUUGAUUUAGAUGGUUAGUUUUUAUUUUAGUCUCAUUAUUUUCUAUCUUUACAGAAGUAUGGAUGACAUUAAUUACCAUGACAUGUGAUAGAUCUGUUCAUGAAUGAAUAUAGGUUGUCACAAUAUUUUGACUAAUGUGGCUGUUCGGUUCCAAAGCUUAGAAAUCAUAAGAAGUAUGGGCAACGUCAAUGAGAUGACUGAUUUAGAACAAAUGACUUUGUAUAACCUUGGUAUCUUUGCAUUGUUGUCAAAUCAAGUUUUGUUACAGCUUUUGUUCUGUCAUGCCCUGUUGUCAAGAAUAUAUGUUCUGUAUAGGAGCACCCCUGCAAAUUGUUGGUAUCACUUCUGGUAUAAAACAACUAUGUAUUUCUAUCAUUUAUGUUACAUUUUAAAAAUGAAUUGUAGAGGACUGCAAUUUUGUACACACAACUUUUUUUUUAUAUACAACUUGUGGUUAUUACCUGUUUAUUUAUGGUAGUCCAUAUUACCGUAGCCAGCAGAAAACAAUAUGUAAAGUGUUAACUCAUGUUCAGUGUUAACUCAUGAUUAUUUUUCUCAGUUUUUGUACCCUUCAGUAUUGUUACGCUGUUGAAAUAAAGAAAUGUACUUACUUUUUUCA